UUUUCUGUUUAUCUUUCCUGCCUCUCUGCAAAGACUUCUUGUGUGAUUUUUUUCUUUCGAAUUUUGUUUGCACUGUAAAUCUUCAUCGUUCCUCUAUUGAGAAAGUUUUGAUUUACUUUUGUCAUCUUCCCUCUUUUCCUUGAAGGUUGUUGUUUGUCAUCAACAGGAAAACCACCUAAAUUCACCUACAACUUUGCCACACAGCACUGUAAAUCACCCCUGUUACCUGGCAAGCCUGGCUGGUCUGGUCCUAAUCGUCUUACCAACCGUUUGUACCGAAUCCACUUUCGCUCACGCGCCCUCACGUCACCACCUUACUCAACCCUGAGCCCAUUCAUCGCCGCCCUCCGGCCCAAACAACCCCACCCUCCCCGAAAGGCUGCUACGGAACACGCUUCCAUGUCAUAUUCCUGAAACCAAGAAAUAUAACAAAAAACCACCAUCCCCGACAUACAUCUCUCUUUCCCUCCCUCCCAUCUUCUGCGCUCGUCAGCCUUCCCGACGAGCCGCCCCCACCGUACUUCACCAUUCCUCCAACAACUAGAAAGCGGAAGGCUGCCGAGCCGUCGACCUCGUCCGCCCCGAACAAGAGGAUCUCAGCUGCAGCAUCAGUGACUCGGCCACCAGCACCCCCGACCCCAAACACGAUGGACUCUGAAGACGAGUUCAUGUCGGCCAUUUCCAGCGGUGAUGAAGACGUCAUGAGUGACAAUGAAGACAUGUCGGGGGCAGAAGAUUUCGACUCCGAACUCGAUGCAGACCUCGACGUUGACCUCGCCAAAGAUCCCCCGAAGCGAAAAGCCGCACACGACAUCACAUUCAGCGUCUACAAUCCUGACGACCUGAGGAAACAGCAGGAUGACUUAAUCGACGAGGUUAACAUGAUUUUGGAGAUGCGGAAGGAGGAUGCAGCCAUCCUGUUGAGGCACUUUGGGUGGAACAGGGAGAGGCUAAUCGAGGAGUACAUGGACAACCGAAAGAAAGUCUUGGAAGUCGCCGGCCUGGGGCCUAAUGUUGGAGGUGGUCCGCAACUACAAGUCAUCCCUGGUUUCUGCUGCGAGAUUUGCUGCGAGGACGAAGAGGGGCUACAAUCAUUCGCCAUGAAAUGCGGCCAUCGAUACUGCGUGGACUGCUACCGCCAAUAUCUGACCCAAAAGAUUAGGGAAGAGGGGGAAGCGGCGCGUAUCCAGUGCCCCAGUGAAGGCUGCCACCGCAUUAUCGACGCCAAAUCGCUCGACCUUCUGGUCACGCCAGAACUCAAAGAGCGGUACCACGUUUUGCUACAGCGGACAUAUGUCGAGGACAAGGAUACACUUAAAUGGUGUCCCGGGCCCGACUGCCAAAACGCUAUCGAUUGCUCUAUCAAAAAGAAGGAUCUCCACCGUGUCGUUCCGACGGUUACUUGCAACUGCAAGAUGCGCUUCUGCUUCGGAUGCACCCUCAACGACCACCAGCCGGCGCCAUGCGAGUUGGUCAAGAUGUGGCUGAAGAAAUGCGCCGAUGACUCGGAGACGGCCAAUUGGAUCAGUGCAAACACCAAGGAGUGCCCCAAGUGCAACUCCACCAUAGAGAAGAACGGCGGCUGCAACCACAUGACGUGCAGGAAAUGUAGGCACGAAUUCUGCUGGAUGUGCAUGGGCAUCUGGUCUGAGCACGGCACGAGCUGGUACAACUGCAACCGUUUCGAGGAGAAAAGUGGAACGGAUGCCAGGGACGCCCAGGCCAAGUCGAGGCUGUCCCUUGAGCGUUACCUUCACUACUACAAUCGAUACGCAAACCACGAACAGUCUGCGCGGCUCGACAAGGAUAUCUACCACAAGACGGAAAAGAAGAUGACCAUGUUGCAGACGGCCUCGGGCAUGUCUUGGAUCGAGGUUCAGUACCUUGAGGCUGCGUCACAGGCACUGCAAACGUGCCGUCAGACUCUUAAGUGGACUUAUGCCUUUGCAUUUUACCUGUCACGCAAUCAUCUUACGACAAUUUUUGAGGACAAUCAGAAGGACCUUGAAAUGGCGGUCGAAGCUUUGUCGGAGAUGUUCGAAAAGCCCGUAGCGGAAUUGGCCGAUUCCAAGCAAAAGGUCGAGAUAAUGGACAAGACCGCUUACUGCAACCGACGCCGCGUUAUCCUUCUCGAGGAUACAGCCGAGAACCUAGCAAAUGGCCAAUGGACCUUUAAUGUAGACAUUGGGUCAUCUGCCAGUGCUGGCCGGCGCUAGCUGCAUCUGGUUGCGAUAUGAAUGAAGUGGUUCGAGAGUUCGGACUGCUUAGCAUCAUUGACCACCGAGGAUUCGAACCACCUGUUACAUCGAAGCUCUUCCAUGUUGAUUACAAGCUUAUAUUCAUUCUACGAUAAAUCGCAGUUGGACAUAACUUGGCGGCUUUCAUACCACGGUGAAAGAGUAGUUGAGGACGCAGAGUAUAGAAGCACCGGUCUUGGUGAAGGUCAGAGCGGGAUGCAUUGUCUUUUUUGAAAUUGCGGUAACUUUCCACUCAUCUUUUAUAGUUCUACUUUUGCUGCUUGGAGUUUGGUGGGGUUCAUGGUACAGAUCUUCCAUUUUGAUCUUGGUUUUUCCAUCCUUUUUCUUUUCACUCUAUCAUGGUAUAUUCUGCAGUGCUCUCGUCUCGCUGCCCACCACCUAGAUAUCUACUGCAUCUGUCACUGGACUUGCAGAGGAACGGGGAUGAGGAAUCAGUGAGGACGUCAUUGUCGCUUUUGCACGCUGUUCAUUUUACUUUUUGAGCGUUCACGCAUUUUCUAUACACGGUGGUGUUCAAUCGUGUUUCGCAGCAAGAGACAUUAAAAACCGGCACGUCCAAUGCACAGUGGCUUAUGCAUAAGGAGAAGCGAGUCUGUCUGUCUGCCUUCGUUCUGAAUGUGAACAUUCAAAGUCCGACGUCGGGAAGUCGGGGAAUACAAGCCCCACACAUGGACUUGUGGGGCACCGUUGACGACAUUUCGUCGGAACGCAUGUUUGGCUGAUGCUGCUGCUGCUGAUGCUGCUAAUGCUGCUGCUGCGGCAUGCGUCAAAAGUUCAAAUUAGUCCUCAGGCGAUCAAUUGUAGUGACCAAAGGAAUGAUUUAAGAAUUACUCAACGAGGAUAGACACCUAUUUAUUCCUUUAGAGGCUGCCGUGGAAAUUUACUACUUAUAUUCCGAAGCACAGC